GGUUCCUCCCAGUUUGUGUACAGUCUCGCACACGCACACGCGCACACACGAGCACGGGCACGAGCGUGGACUUGUCAAGGCAGAUUUAUAAUGUGGAGAUUUUUCAAGCCGAGCCUGAGGAACAUCUUUACCACACACACCAGGAUGUCGUCUGAACAGCUGGGAGAGCUGGGGAAAGGUGCAGGAAAGGGAGGAGGAGGAGGCGGUGCAGUCAGGGAGGCAGGAGGAGCGUUUGGAAAGAGGCAGGCUGCAGAGGAAGAGAUGUACUUCAAGAAAAAGGAGCGGGAACAGAUAGCUGCUCUGAGACAACAUCAUCAUGAAGAAAUCAGUCACCACCAGAAGGAGAUCGAACGUAUUCAAGAUGAAAUCAGCCGCCACGAGGGCAAAAUUCGCCAGCUACAAAAGCAUAACUGAGAAUAGUGCAGAUUAAUAACAUUAAGCACUCUUUGCCAAAACUAACAGUGUUGCAAUUUUGUUGGCUUUUUGUAAGCUUUAUUAGUUAUGCAUGAUUGUUAAAGCAGAAUAAAAUAAUGAAACUGGUUAACCAAAA